AUGGGUACACGUUCACCGAAGGAACACAUUCAAGAUAUACGAAGGACAAAGUUCUCUAUUGGAGGGGAACCUAAUCUUUUGACUCAGGAUCUUCAUAAUGCUGUCAAGAAUCUCUCAGCUGAACUUUAUGCAAAAGAUGUUCAUUUUCUUAUGGAGCUUAUUCAAAAUGCAGAAGACAAUCAUUACAUUGAAGGAGAGAAUCCAACACUUGAGUUUGUUAUAACUUCUGAUGACAUAACUGCUACUGGUGCUCCAGCCACGUUACUUAUUUUCAAUAAUGAAAAGGGUUUCUCUCCCAAAAACAUCGAGUCCAUUUGCAGUGUUGGACGAUCUACAAAGAAAGGCAAUAGGAGCAGUGGUUACAUAGGAGAGAAAGGAAUUGGUUUCAAGAGUGUGUUUCUUGUUACUGCUCAACCUUAUAUUUUUAGCAAUGGAUAUCAGAUAAGGUUCAAUGAGAAGCCAUGUCCACAUUGCAGUAUUGGCUAUAUAGUUCCUGAGUGGGUUGAGGAGAAGCCAACCCUUGCUGACAUAAAGAAUAUAUAUGGUGCUUGUAAUUCCCUUCCAACUACAAUAGUCAUUUUACCACUUAAGCCGGAGAAGGUCCAACCUGUUAAGCAUCAACUGUCAAGCAUUCAUCCAGAAGUGCUUUUGUUUCUUACUAAAAUCAGACACCUUUCUGUCAGAGAAGUUAAUGAGGACCCCAAACAGAAUACCGUAACUGCCGUAUCUAUUUCAAGCGAGAUUAAUUUUGUGACUAGGAAAAACAUUAAUGCUGAGUCUUACACACUCCAUCUCUCCGCCGAGGAAAAUAGUGAAGCCGGGAAGGAAUGCAGCUACUACAUGUGGAAGCAAAAGUUUCCGGUCAGGUUGGAAAAUUUAGUCGAAAGAAAAAAGGAUGUCGAGGAGUGGGUUGUGACAUUGGCAUUCCCAAAUCAGGAGAGGCUUUACAGGGGAAAGACCUUGCCAGGGGUCUAUGCAUUUCUUCCUACAGAAAUGGUCACUAAUUUUCCUUUCAUAAUUCAGGCAGAUUUUUUCCUUGCUUCAUCAAGGGAGACAAUUAUGUUGGAUAAUAAGUGGAAUCAAGGGAUACUUGAAUAUGUUCCGUCAGCUUUUAUAGAUGCAUUCAAAACACUUCUCGCAGGAUCAGAUGAAGCUCCAGCAUCCAGCUUGCCUAAUUUGUUCAAGUUCCUUCCAAUUGAAAGUUCUCCUUUUGAGAGCUUCAAUCACAUGAGGAAUAAAAUCAAAGCAAAACUGCAUGAAGAAAAAAUUGUACCUAUUGAGACAUUCACAAAUCAGAAGCACUUCUUUAAGCCUCGUGAAGUUAGCAGGCUACUGCCUACAUUUUGGAAGAUUUUGACAAAGGCCCAUGAGAAAGGAGUAUACUUGCUUGACUUAAAUUCUCAUGAUGAGAUGAAAAUCUUGAGUUCUUCAUUCGAUAAAAAGGAGUACCGUGGGAUACUCAAUUUUUUAGGGGUGAAACUGGUGAAUAUUGAUUGGUAUGCAAAGUGUAUCCAGAGUUCUAAUCUUGUGUAUGAAGUAUCAGAAGAUGUUUAUCUUGAGCUUUUAAUGUUUGUUGCUAGACACUGGUCUUCAAAGUUUAAGGGCUCCAACAUCAUUAAUAUUCCAUUGAUUAAAUAUAUGGCUGCUGACGGGAUUCCGUCUUUUUUCAGUCUUCAUGAAUGCAGACAGCUAGUUGCAGGUGCCAAGCGAGUAAAAUUAGCAGCCUCAAGUCAAACUUGUCCUUGUUCUUGGCUGAUCAACUGGAAUAAUGUCUUCGCAUGUGAGACAAAGCAGUUUUUUAUGCCAGAAAGCACUCAACAAGCUAUCUCUCAAUUGCCCAAUAAGUAUACUUUAUUGGAUUGGUUAGCAAAAGAUGUUAAUAUUGCUACUACGAAUGUUUACACUUUUGCUAGUGUCCUCCGCAGUUCUAUUAAUAAUAACUGCAAACUUGCCAUUGCAUAUGCUCAUUUCUUAUACCACUCUUUGUCAAAGGGUUACUUGUCGAGUCGAGAAGUUGAUGGCUUAUGCAGUUUUAUGCCACUUGUGGAUAAUUAUGGAUGUAUAGCUAGAAGUAGAAAAGGAGUUCUUCUGCCUGCAAAUGUGAGCAAAUGGGCUGACUUGAUUGUUUCUAAUCCAUGGAGAAAUGAAGGUUAUGUUGAACUAGGAAAGGCGUACCUAAAUGCAUCUUCUUAUGCAGGUCAAAAUUCAAGCUCUAGGAUGCUUAUUGAUUUCCUCAAAGCCCAUGUUAGAGCUUCCGAUGUACCUUACAUAUCUCCUCCAAAUGCUGGGUUUUCAGCCGCAGAUACACCACUUACCAAAGACAAUGCCUUUUUGCUUUUGGAUUGGAUUCGGAAUCUGAAGUAUAGGGGAGUGCACCUACCACAGAGGUUCUUGGAAUGCAUAAAAAAGGGCAACUGGCUUAAAGUUACAUGUAGUAAUGGAUACAUGCCUCCCUCAAAGUCAUUCUUAAUUGGCUCAUCAUUGCGGAAAAUUUUGCAAAGUGGUUCAUUUCUUGUUGACAUUCCCCUGAUUGACGAGAGCUUCUACGGGAAUAGAAUAAAUGAGUACACAGAAGAGUUGAAAAUAGUCGGAGUUAUGUUCAGUUAUGAGGAAGCAUGUGACUUCAUUGCAAGAGAACUAAUGUCUCGUGCUGCUUCUUUCUCUUUAAGAGGAAGUCAUGUUCUUUUGAUGCUUAACUUCAUCCAAUAUCUUAGGAAAAGCCUUCUUCCUUUGGACAACUUUGUCAACUGCAUAAGAAAGGAAAGUUGGCUAAAGACAUCUUGUGGUCUUAGGUCUCCUGUGGGAUCUGUACUGAAUGAUUCUAGCUGGCAAGUUGCAUCACAGAUUAGUAAUAUCCCUAUCAUUGAUAAUGAUUAUUAUGGUGAGGAAAUACAUAAUUACAAAGAGGAGCUCAAGUUGCUGGGAGUGAUAGCUGACUUAAGUGAAAAUUACCAAGUUGUCAUUGAACAUUUAAAGUCACCAUCAAGAUUGUCCUGUUUGACGGUUGAAGCUGUUCUUUUGAUAAUGGAAUGCAUCAAAUACUCGAAUUCCCCUAUUAAACUCUUAAGUUCGCUAAAGAGAACGGACUGUUUGUGGACAAACAUGGGUUUCAAAACACCAGGUGAAUGUUUCUUGUAUGAUCCAGUGUGGGGCUGCAUUUUAGAGGUGUUCGAUGGUCUUCCUGUUAUUGAUCAUGAAUUUUAUGGGGAGAAAAUUUUCAGUUACAAAGAUGAAUUGAUGCAAGUAGGGGUGCUGGUUGAUUUUAAGGAUGCCAUCAAAAAAAUUGAAAGGCUAUUUGAACAAAAGGCAUUGGAAAAUUCAAUUAACGGACAACAUGUCAUCUCAUUUCUCUCUUGUUGCAGGCUGCUGAAAGGAACUGACUACAGUUUUCCUUCUGAUUUCUCAACCAUCAUACGGAAAAUGAAGUGGUUGCGUACCGAGGUUGGUGAUUUUCGGUGCCCAACAAAGUGCAUUUUAUAUGGUCCAGAGUGGGAAUCAAUAUCUUCCAUAACUUGUCUCCCUUUCAUUCAUUAUAACAGUGACAAACAGUCUGGUAUGGGAAUAUACGAGUACAAGGAAGAGCUGGAGAGCAUUGGUGUUGUUACUGAAUUGAAAGAUGGAGCGAGGUUUUUGCCUGAAUGUUUGAGUUUUCCUUCCAAUCCUUCCACCAUUACUCCUGAAAGUGUGUUUUCUUUGCUGGAAUGGAUCCAACUUCUAAUGCAAAAUCACACGCCUACAAUUGAAGAUGAUGAUUUCAGAAAACGAAUGUCCCAAAAUUGGUUGAAGACACAUGCUGGUUAUAGGCCUCCAGACAAAUGUUUGUUCUUUGAUUCAAAGUGGAGCUCUUUCUUGAAUCCAACCGAUGGGCCUUUUAUCAAUGAGUAUUUCUACGGACCUAAAAUUGCAAUUUACCAGAAAGAACUCAAUGCAAUAGGGGUCACUAGUGAAGUUGAGAAGGGGUGCUCUUUGCUUGCCGACCACCUUAACUCUCUCUCUGAUCAUGGUACCAUUGUGAAAAUAUAUAAUUACUUAUUUGAACACAAUUGGAAACCUGAGAAGAGAGAGGCAAACAAGAUUUGGAUUCUUGAUGGAGAUAAAGGUGGUGGUAAGUGGGUUGAUUCUGAGGAAUGUGUCAUACACGACCCUGCUAAACUUUUCGGUUCAAAAUUUUAUAUUCUUGAAGAUAUCUAUGAUGGCAAUAUUCUUGUUUUUUUGUAUCUUGCAAUGGAAGUCAAGAACAAGCCCUCACUAGAAGACUAUGUUGACCUUUGGAAUGAUUGGGGGAAUUCAAUGGAGCAAUUGUCAUACGAUGAGUGUUGCAGGUUCUGGAUGUCUAUCUCGAAACAUUUAAGCACAAAACAAGAGAAAAAACUUGCUGAGAGUUUGAUGAAACUGCCUGCAACAUCAGGAAAUAAUAAAAUAUUUCUGGUAGAUAAGAAAGAUGCAUUUAUUCCUGAUAACUUUCAUAUGAAGAAGCUUUUUGAGAGGGAGAAAAUUUUUGUCUGGUAUCCUCAUCAUAACAUGACACCAUUGUCCAAGGGUGAACUAUCUGAAAUUUACCGAAAAAUUGGUGCUAGAAAUAUCUCUGAAUCAUUAUGCAAAGAAGAAUCAUCCUUGGUGAAUGAUGGCGUUAAACUGAAGCAUGUCGAUCCAAACAAUAUUUUCAACUUAAAGGGGUUGGCUAAGCUUAUUCUUGGUUUUCUUGCAUGUUCUAACCUUAAAAUGGAACCAAGUAAGAGACAUGAAGCUGUUCAAACUCUUCUCAACUUAAGCUUCCAUGAGACAAUGGAACCAAUCAAUGUAAGCUAUAGUCUGCCACUAUCAUCCGGAGACAUCAUUACAAAGAAAGCAAACAAAAGGGUGCGUUGGGAAAGUCAAAGUUCCAAGUUUAUCAUCCAGAAGAUGGAUGGUGAGGAUUCAUUGAAAUAUGUUACAAAUUUCUCUGAAGCAAUAUCUGAGGGUGUUUUGCAUGAAAAUCAUGAUCAUGUUCCUGCACUAUCUAAACUAAUCACAUUAGGGUUUUUUCUGAAAUUCAAGAAUGAAGAAAUUGAUUUUCUUAUGGAAUCCAAGUAUCUGGAGAUCGACCCUGAGGAUGAGAAGUUCCUCAGUUCUGCCUUCCCUUCUAACUAA